UUCCAUUUAAUGGCACUAGGGUUUUGAAUUAAGUCUUGUCCCUUUUCUUUUGUUUUGUCAUCAUUCUCCAUUCUCCAACCAGCAAUCACCAAUUACACACCUCUACAUUUUAAUCCUAAUUUUGCAGAUCACUUUUUUGUUUUUUUCAUGACGAUGAUUUGCUAUGAUGUCAAGUUUGUUUGGGGGAUAUCAUUUGAAUUGAAUAAUUAUUAAUUACCCAUUCCCAUGAUUUUUAUCCAAUAGUUGUGAAUAUGUGCAUCAUUCUCUCUCUAUGUUGAUUUCGGCCUCAAUUCUAUGUUAUGGAGUUGUAACUUCUGCAAAAUUCGAUUUGGGGCCUCUGGAUGGUUGACAGGGAUUUUGUAACACAACAUGGCCCCUAAUCUUAAGCCCAACUUGUGUGUUCCAUUCUUCUUGUUACUGCUAGUGCUUCUUUCCUUGGGUAGUUCCAGCGCAGAAUUUGAGCAGAAACUCAGAGCUUCUCCACAUAAAAAUGUCAUUGAUGGCACUGGGGAGGAGAGUUCCUUCAAGUUUGAGGAAACGAAUAAUAGCAGAAAGGGUGGAAGCAGUAGAGUUUCGGUUUCCACAGUUGCAUUGUUUACAUUUGCAAUGGCAGCUGCAACUGGUUUAGGUGCUGUGCCCUUCUUCUUUGUGGAGCUUGAUCCGCAAUGGGCAGGGUUGUGCAAUGGGAUGGCAGCUGGUGUCAUGUUGGCUGCAAGCUUUGAUCUCAUACAGGAAGGUCAGGAUUAUGGCGCUGGAAAUUGGGUUGUCGUUGGGAUUCUUGCUGGUGGCGUCUUUAUUUGGUUAUGUAAGAAGUUUCUUGAGCAAUAUGGGGAAGUAAGCAUGUUGGAUAUAAAGGGUGCUGAUGCAACCAAAGUUGUUCUUGUAAUUGGAAUAAUGACUCUCCAUUCUUUUGGGGAGGGAUCUGGGGUUGGGGUCUCUUUUGCUGGCUCAAAGGGAUUCUCUCAAGGCCUACUGGUAACUUUGGCUAUUGCGGUACACAACAUUCCAGAGGGAUUGGCUGUGAGCAUGAUGCUGGCAUCGAGGGGUGUCUCUCCACAGAAUUCUAUGUUAUGGAGCAUUAUUACAUCUUUACCCCAGCCAAUUGUAGCCGUUCCUUCAUUUAUUUGUGCUGAUGCAUUUAGUAAGUUCCUGCCUUUCUGUACGGGGUUUGCAGCUGGAUGCAUGAUUUGGAUGGUUGUUGCAGAAGUGCUUCCUGAUGCAUUCAAGGAGGCGUCUGCUUCACAGGUUGCAUCGGCAGCAACACUUUCAGUAGCAUUUAUGGAAGCUCUAAGCACCCUUUUUCAGAAUUUCAACCGUGAAUACAACUCUGAGGAUGCUUCUGGCUUCUUUGUUUCAUUGCUUUUCGGCCUUGGCCCAUUACUUGGUGGGGUUAUUCUUGUUGCAUUUGCUCUUGCUUUUCGUUUUCAGCAUGCUCUCCUCAUGGGCAUAGCAUGUGGUAUUGCCUUUGUUCUUGGUGCUUGGCGACCGUUUCAACUUAUUUUGUCUUCAAAAUUAGGAUUUGUUCCUGUGGUGUUACUCCUGGCAAUGGGUGCUGCUUUCAUCCAUGUCUCUAGCUCAGGUGUAUUGAAGGUGGCAAGUCGCAAGAAGACCUCGGUCAACGACUUGCCUGCACUCACAGGAUUCCAUGUGAGUGUUCAAACCCUUCAAUCAGUCAUAUCAUGUGGUGCAGUUGCUCUACAUGCUUUGGCUGAAGGACUUGCACUGGGAGUAGCUGCACCAAAAGCAUAUGGAUUUGGUCGUCACAUGGUUCUUCCAGUAUCUCUACACGGGCUCCCUCGAGGUGCUGCCGUUGCCAGCUGCAUCUAUGGUGCCACUGAUAGUUGGCAUGGUUCUCUUGCAACAGCUGCCAUAAUUGGAUUUAUGGGUCCGAUAUCAGCAAUUGGUUCUAUUCUUGCUGGGAUUGAUUACAGUGGUCUUGAUCACAUUAUGGUUCUGGCUUGUGGUGGAAUAAUUCCAAGUUUUGGAAAUAUAGUUAAGAGAGCACUUAGCUUGGACAAGCAAAAGAGCACCUGCGGCCUCAUUAUGGGAAUUGGGUUUGCUACCUUGUGCCUGACAUUCACUAAAUUAGUUUGCUUGCACACACCUUACUGCAAUUCUGCACCAGAGGCUGUUAGAUAAAACGAGUGUGCUGCAUUUCCUUCAUUCUCUAUUAUCAUGUGCUUACAACAGUAGAACAUAUUUCUCUAGCUUGUUCUCCCUGUACAUAUUGCACAAAUUUGAAGAGUUCGGAGAAAUUGUAAAUAGGGAUUGGUUGCAAGCGGAAGUUCCUUAGAGAUUGAAUACGGGUCAUGUAUACCGACAAAACAACUGUUCUUCUUUAUUUUAGUAAACAGGCUUUCUCCUUUGGUCUCGUUUGUUUUAGGGCAGCCCUUGAAAAGAAAAUUUAGAACUUGAGGCAGA